CUCUCCUCUCCUCUCCUCUCCUCUCCUCUCCUCUCCUCUCCUCUCCUCUCCUCUCCUCUCCUCUCCUCUCCUCUCCUCUCCUCUCCUCUCCUCCCUCCCCUCUACUCCCCUCCCCUCUUCCUCCUCCUCCUCCUCUCCACCCCAUCUCAUCCCAUCCUCCCAUUUUCCUCCAAUCAAACCCCCCCCCCCCUUUAUUUUUUUCCCUUUCUCGCCUCACCCUACCACCUACCACCACAUAAUCCGAUUAAUCCCCCCCCCCCCAAAAAAAAGAAUGAGAAUCAUCCAAACCUGACGUCACGUCGAGACUUUCGUCCUACAACCCACAAACAAUUCAAUCAACCACCAACCACCAACCACCACAAUACCCCCAAAACGAUACUCGAUUUCUCAAGCUAAAUUCAAAAACUUCAAAUCACCUUAGCCAUCGUCACUUUGGUAGACUAGCUCUACUACCUCAAAACUAAUCCUGUCUCGAAACUUCAAAAACCAAGCCUCCCUCGCUCUCCUCCUCACAAAACCUUUCGCCUGUCAUCUGCAGAAAACACUCGUCAUAGCCCACACCUUUCCACACCCGCGACCACCAUCCCCCAACCACCACCAACGUCACUGCCGUCACCGACGUCCGCCAGAGACACCACAAUAGCCUCAAUCGUCGCUUCACCCCCCAUCACGCGCGCGAACAGUCUCCCCUUCCUCUCUUACCCUCCCCACAAUGGAGAAUUCUCCCACAGACACUGCGAAGAAGGAGAACCCGUCGCCCACUGAGCCUGCCACAGCCACCAACAACACCACGCCUCCAAAGACUGACACGAACACAAUCGCCAACGACGCCGACUCAUCAUCGACAAACGCCGACGCCGACGCCGAAACCACCGACCCGACACUCCUCCCUCCUCCACCGCGCCCGUCAUCAAACUCGGGCACCAGCAAUAACAACAACAGCACCAACAGCGACAGCGACACCUACUUCGCGCCAAACCAACCCGCCGCAUCACACCUCUCCUUCGAGCCGAAUCCCUUUGAACACUCCUUCGCAGGCGGUGGCUCCGGCUCCGCAGGCGAGGCCCAGACUCCGGGCGGCACCAAGCUCCCCCCCGUGGCCUCCAUCACCUCUCCCUCCUCCCUCCUCCGCGGCGGCGGCACAACACCCUACCCCUGGGGCACCUCUUCGCUCCGCACCGGCCCCCUCUCCCCGGCCAUGCUCUCCGGCCCAACCGGCGACUACUUCGGCGACACCAACCACCUCCGCGGCGGCUUCACCCCGAACGAGUCCUCCCUGCGCACAGGCCUCACCCCCGGCGGCGGGGGCACCAUGUUCCCCACCCCCAGCCCAAACUCCCAAGCAAUCUUCAACCAGCUCGCCGGCGCCGGCACCGCCACCCCAACCGUCGACUUCCACCGCUCCGCCCUCGCCGCCUCGCACCGCAAGCAGUCUGAGGCACCCACCCCCUCAAACAUCACAUCCCAACCCCAGCGCGACGCCACAAACGGCGACCAUGCCGCCACGACACCAGCCAAGCAGCGCCAGCAGCAGCAGCGCGAACCCUUCGCCCAACACGACGCCAACGACGCCGCGAACGGCCUAUUUUUACUUGCUUCACUGUCGCGCACCAACUCCGUCGGCCCCGGCGCGUCAGGACAGUACGCCAUGGCGCCCCAGCAACCCGUGCACGCGCACCCGAGCGGGGGGGCCUCGCAGCCGCGCGAGCGAAGGAAUGGAAGUCAAGGCGGCGGCGGGGGGGUGAGCGAGGGGAGCGAGGAUAGCGAGGGCAGGUCGUCGUCGAGGGUCGCGAGGGGGAAGGGACGGAAGGGCGGGGCGGGGGCGAGGAGGAAGGCGGAGGAGGUGCCGGUAGCGAGUAAGGCGCCGCCGGCGAAGAAGGGGAAGCAUGGCGGCAUGGCGGCGUCGCAGCAUUAUAUGGAGCCGGAGCCGCCGAGUGAGGAGGAGGAUGUUAAGCAGGAGGAGUAUAAUGCGAAUGGGAAGAAGAUGACGGAUGAGGAGAAGAGGAAGAACUUUUUGGAGAGGAAUCGCGUCGCAGCCCUCAAAUGCCGCCAGCGCAAGAAACAAUGGCUCGCCAACCUCCAACAGAAAGUCGAGAUCUUCAGCUCCGAAAACGACUCGCUCACCAACCAGCUCGCCAGCCUGCGCGAGGAGGUCAUCCAGCUCAAGACGCGUCUGCUCGCGCACAAGGACUGUCCCGUAUCGCAGUCGCAGGCUAUGGGGGGGUAUCUGGGGGGGAUUGAGUUUGGUGGCGGGGGGAUGCGGGGGGUGGGAUGA